AUGGCUCGAACCAAACAGCCAGCACGCAAAAAUGCCUCUCCCUAUACACCACCCUCUUCAUCUUCUUCAUACCAUUCCAUAGAGCGUUCACCAUCUCCACCACCUCGUCCAACUUCACCACACACCUCUUCUGCCUCUCCUUCUUCUAACACUAACUCUGAAAGUGAUGACUCUUCUGAUUCGUGCCCCCCAGUAGCAAAAACACCAACACAACCUGAACCACAGAUGAAGACGGCGCCCACAGCAGCAACACCACCACCACAACAUCCAUCAACAACCACUAAACCUUCGACACCCUCAAAAUCUGCUGCUCCUCCGCCAGAAUCUUCUCUUCAUUCGCAACCUUCCCCACCAAAACAAACCAAACGUUCUCCGACUCCUCUAGCCUCCUCUACUUCAACAUCUUCUGCCUCUGAACCAUCUCCCCCAGCUAAGAAACCAAAACAGACUAAUCCUCCUCUGAUUUCUCCUGCCAAAACAAAAAUCUUCCAAGAAAAAUGGGCUCAACGCCCAAUUGGGAUUGGCCGAAUUUUUGUCUUUGACAAUCUUGUUGUAGAUGGAAAUGCUGUUCAGCACCAUACUGAUGUUCUUGGCUGGACAUCAUUCUUAAAGAUCUCUGAAUCUUAUUUUCCAGAUGUUGUCCGCGCAUUCUACUGCAAUGCCAAAACGUUUGCGGACAAAUCUCUACUCAUCUCAACAAUUAAAGGAGUAGAAAUCAAAUUGACUCCAGAUAUUUUGGCCACCAUUCUUCAGCUACCAACAGAAGGGCCAUCUGUUUUUGGUGACCACUGGUAUUCGGCUUUGGGACUUCGAAAGACAGAAGUUUUGGCUGAUUUAUUUGAAGAAGACUCCACACGAUAUUUGGCAACCUAUCUUAAGCCUCUUCCCAAGGUCUUCAACAACAUGUGCCAACAUACCUUGAUUCCACACUGUGGAAGCCAUGAGUAUGUAUAUGAUAAUGAUGCCUUGCUCAUUCAUCAUCUUCUAAACUGCAAGAGAUUGAAUCUACCUUAUGUCAUUCUCCAGCACAUGAUUUGUGCAGCCAAAAAGGAUUACAGAAAGAAUAUUGUGCCCUAUGGCAUGGUACUGACUAAAAUCUUCAGGCAUUUUGGAGUAUCUCUUGCAUCUGAAAAAUCUCUGAUAAAAAUUUCCAAAUUCUCCACCAAAUUUUUUUCUCAUAUGCGUAAAGCCUCUUCUGCUCCAACACCCACUCAUCCAUCCUGUGCUACCUCUAUUAAAAGGAAAAGAUCAGCAGGAAUCCUAUUUCAUUCUCAUCACCUCCUAAAGAAAUCUCAGAAAAAAUCCCUACACCAGAACGUUCACCACCACCAGAACGUUCUCCACCUCCUCCAGAACAUUCUCCAGAACAUAUCCCCACACCUUCCACCCUUUUUGCCCAAACAUCCAACAUUUCAUCCUCAGUCGCUCCCUCUUACUCUCAACCCCUUCACUCCCCUAACCAUGACUUCAGUACCUUCCUGUCUAAUCCAUUUUUCUCUACCAUGUCUCCACUGUUUGUUUCACCUCAGAAAACCAGUUCUUCUAUCUUUGGCAUUAGUCAGUUUUUGA